AUGUCUGUGUGUGUUUCAACACCUGUGUUUUCAGUAUCUUCUUUGACGGAUUCUUCGUAUGAUGCAGUUCUUCUUGUGAAUGAUGACGUGGAGCACCUACCAGAAACGUUGAAACCUGCUUUGCAUGCACUGAAACAAUUCAGUGAGGUGAAUCCUAAGUUUUCCGAUGAAAUCAGUGUGAUUCCUUUCCCGGAGCAUCCAUCGAAGAGACUGAUAUUCAGUCCAAGUGGUCAAUUGAACACAGACGAAGCGGAUAUUCGAAAUGUAUACGAUGCUGCUGUGGAUGGUAUGAAAAAAUUAUUGAAGAUUGGAUGUAAGUCACCAUUAUUAUGUUGUGGAUCAUUUAUCUCGGCACCGAAAGAAUGGCAGUGGACUGAUCGUAAUUGUUUACUGUUGAAUGCUGUUCUGGGCGCAUAUCAUGCGUUGUACACACCUCUUGAAGUUCGUGAAAUGGUUCCUGAGAAGUUUCCUAAAGCUAUUCGAUUGGGUGUGAUGGGAACAAGUGAUGCUGUACUGAAUAUCGCCAAGGCUAUUGAAGAAGGUCGAAUAUUGGCUCGUGAUAUUGGUGGAUCGGAUCCGGAGCGAAUGGCAGCUCCAAAGAUUGCAGAGUACUUAGAGAAUGCGUUGAAUGGUCUUACAGGUGUUACAAUGACAACUGAAAAGAUUGAUGUAAAGAAGUAUCCAUUGAUGGCAGCUGUAAAUCGAGCCGCAUCAGUUGUACCUCGUCACGAUGGAAGAGAGAUUGAUACGUCGCUGUUUCUUGUCGGGAAAGGUAUCACCUAUGAUACCGGUGGUGCUGAUGUGAAGCCGAGUGGAAGUAUGGCUGGAAUGCACAGGGACAAGUGUGGUGCUGCAGCUAUUGCAGGCUUGUUUAGAACUAUUGGUCUCUUACAACCUCCAGGGUUGAGUGUAUCAGCUGGACUUGCAUUUGUACGGAAUAGUGUUGGUGUUGAAUCGUAUGUUGCAGAUGAGAUAAUAAUUUCACGUUCUGGACAACGAGUUCGUGUAGGUAAUACGGAUGCAGAAGGUCGAAUGGUGAUGGCUGAUUUACUGUGUGAAGCGAAAGAAAAGGCCCUCAAGGCUAAAAAUCCAUUUUUGUUUACUAUGGCUACUCUAACUGGACAUGUGAUUCGAGCAUAUAAACACUACACAGCUGUAAUGGACAAUGGACCAGCACGAAUUAAGAAAGUUUCUCAAGAACUACAGAGCUGUGGUGAUCUUAUCUCUGAUGUUGUAGAGAUUUCAACUAUUCGUAAGGAGGACUAUGCUAUGAAUAAGCCUAAAAGUGAAUAUGAGGACUUGUUACAGUGCAAUAAUUUAGCUAGUAGUGCCACACCACGUGGUCAUCAGAUGCCAGCAGCAUUCUUGGUCAUGGCUAGUGGUCUAAAUAAGCACGGUUUGGAUUCUAAAGCUCAACUACCGUAUACUCAUGUGGAUGUGGCUGGUAGUGCUGGUGAGAUUUAUGUGACGCCGACUGCUGCUCCUUUGAUGUUGUUUGCACGACGAUAUGUGUUACCUCGACUAGGCUUCGAAUAA